CCCUGUUCAUUCACCUUCCCUGAUACUUGUCCGAAGACUUGCCCGGAACCCUGCACCUCAAGCUGCCCAGAAACCUCAUCUGAAACCUGCCCCAAGCCUUGCCCCAUCUCCAACCCCAAGUCCUGCUUUAGCACCUUCUCCAAUAGCUGUUCCGUGUCUUCAGUGACCGUUCCUCGUCAUUGUAGAACAGUUACAACAAAAGCCCACAGUGUAUAUGGUUGCGGUGUUGGAGGAAGGACCCGCAUCUCUUCUUGCUCCUAUCGUCCAAAUACUUGCUCCCCAUGUCCAUUAUACAAACUUGAUGGAUUCGGUGAAAGAUUUGGUGCUAGAAUCAUGGCUGGAGGGUGUUAUGGCAGGGAUUAUGACUAUCACCAGUUGAAUGAGAAGGCCACCAUGCAAAACCUGAACGAUCGUCUGGCGUCCUACCUGGAUAAGGUGCACUUUUUAGAGGCUGCCAAUGCCACUCUGGAGAAGCAGAUCUGUGAUUACUUUGAGAAGAAAGACCCAAUCUGUCAGAAAGACUACAGCUGCUACCUGAAAACCAUUGACUGCCUUCAGAAAAAGAUUAAAGAUGCUACAAUCACCAAUGGCAAAAUCCUACUCCGAAUCGACAACUCUAAACUGGCUGCUGAUGACUUCAGGAUAAAGUAUGAGAAUGAGCUGUCAAUACAUCAGUGUGUGAAGGCUGAUAUUGAUAACCUGCGAUGCAUACUUGAUAAGACAUGCCUGGCAAAGGCCGACCUGGAGUUGCAGAUCUGCACUUUGGAGGAGGAACUUGUGUAUUUGAGAAAAACUCACCAAGAGGAUGUGGCGGCACUAAUGUGUCAGUUGACAAACUCAAAGGUGUGUGUUGAAGUGGACGCCGCUCCUCAGCAAGACCUCAAAAAGGUUUUGGAUGACAUCCGUUGUUAUUAUGACACCAUCAUAGACAAACACUGCACAGAACAGGAGUGCUGGUUCAAAGAGAAGAUGGCAGGUCUAUGUAAAGAUACUGCAAUCAACACAGAGUGCCUGGAAACCUCCAUGUCACGUAUUUCUGAUUUACGACGCACAUUGCAGAGUCUGGAGAUCGAGCUACAGUCUCAAAUCAGCCUGAAAGGAGCUCUGGAGUGUUCACUGCUGGAAACAGAGGCGCGUUACAGCACUAUGCUAGCAGGCUAUCAGAAACACAUCAACGCAUAUGAGGCAGAGCUCUGUCAGGUUCGCGCUGGCAUUGAGCAGCAGGGCAGAGAUUAUGAUGCCCUGCUGGACAUCAAGAGCCGCCUGGAGCAGGAGAUCGCCACCUACAGGUGCCUCCUGGAAAACCAGGCCUCUCAGUGCUGAAAUUAGGUCAUCACAAUCUGUCUCUCCCUCAGUCUAGAUCACAUAAAACAUUUUAACACAUUUACCCUCUAUUUAUAUGGUCGAACUGCAGUUUUAAGUUCCAGCACUUCAUUAUCAUUCUGAUAGAGUUGUGAUGUGUGUUUCAUAUUAAAAAUCAG